AAAAGUACCAGUAAGACUUUGCUGAGAGGCACUGCUGGAGCAGUCGCACUCCUGCACUUACUGGAUAGGCUCCCCGACUGCGCGGAGCCGCUUCCUCCCAGACCAGCGAAUACGAAAGUGCCUCGCAGAGGCCGCUUCGGUUCCGCACCCAGGAAGGAGUCCGGAUCAUGCACUGAAGCGAUAAUUUCCCGCAGAAAGCCAUCGUCGUCCCCGGGAACCUCGAUCACCCCCCCUCCUCAUCGCGCUGUCAUUCUCCGCGGGGAAACAAAAAACAUGCUUUCUGCCUUUCAGGGACUUAACUUUCGCGCUGGAGAAGUGUCUGGGUGUUUUGAAGACACGUUGAAACGUUCCUAAGAAGGUGCUCAUUACUUUCACGCCAGAAAGGAGUGCAUGCGUCCUAACCUGGGAGAUCAACUGGAGCAAAUUUGGAAGAAAAAUGUCCGAUCAAAGAUCAAGCUUUCUCCACAAAGGAGACAUCGUUUCACUGUAUGGAGGCACGGUGAAUGGGUUUAUAAGCACUUUGGGGUUGGUGGAUGACAGAUGUGUGGUGCAGCCUGAAGCUGGAGACCUAACCAACCCCCCCAAGAAGUUCAGAGACUGCCUGUUCAAGGUCUGUCCCAUGAGCAGAUACUCGGCGCAGAAGCAGUUCUGGAAAGCCAAGCAGGGGAAGCAGGGCAAUAACACCGAAGUGGACUUGCUGAAGAAGUUACAGCAUGCGGCCGAACUGGAACAGAAACAGAAUGAAUCAGAGAACAAGAAGCUGCUCGGGGAGGUGGUGAAGUACAACAACAUCAUCCAGCUGUUGCACAUCAAGAGCAACAAGUACCUGACGGUGAACAAGCGGCUGCCGGCGCUGCUGGAGAAGAACGCCAUGCGUGUCCUGGACCCUGCGGGCAAUGAGGGCUCCUGGUUCUACAUCCAGCCCUUCUGGAAGCUCCGCAGCGAGGGGGACAACGUGGUGGUGGGAGAUAAGGUGGUGCUGAUGCCCAUGAAUGCGGGGCAGCCCCUCCACGCCAGCAACAUCGAGCUGCUUGACAACCCCGGCUGUAAGGAGGUCAAUGCUGUGAACUGCAACACCAGCUGGAAGAUCACCCUCUUCAUGAAGUUCAGCGACUACAGAGAAGACAUCUUAAAAGGAGGCGAUGUGGUGCGGCUCUUCCACGCCGAGCAGGAGAAGUUCCUGACGUGUGACGACUACAAGAAGCAGCAGCAUGUGUUCCUGAGGACCACGCUCCGCCAGUCUGCCACCUCCGCCACCAGCUCCAAGGCACUCUGGGAAGUGGAGGUGGUGCAGUAUGACCCCUGCAGAGGGGGGGCAGGCCAGUGGAACAGCCUCUUCCGCUUCAAACACCUGGCAACGGGGAACUACCUGGCUGCCGAGGUGAAUCCGGAGUACCGGGACGAAGGCACGGAGCCCAGCACAGUGACGGAUGCCGACACCCCAGCCUCGAAGAAGAAGCGGCCGGCCGCGGAAAAGAUCGCCUAUACACUGGUCUCGGUGCCCCACGGCAAUGACAUCGCCUCGCUGUUUGAGCUGGACGCCACCACGCUGCAAAGAGCUGACUGCCUGGUGCCCAGGAACUCCUACGUGAGGCUGAGGCACCUAUGUACCAACACCUGGGUCACCAGCACCAAUGUCCCCAUUGACACUGAGGAGGAGCGGCCCGUCAUGCUGAAGAUUGGCACCUGCCCUAAGAAGGAGGACAAGGAGGCAUUUGCCAUUGUCUCCGUGCCCCUGUCUGAGGUGAGGGACCUGGACUUCGCUAACGACGCCAACAAGGUGCUGGAGUCCACCGUGAGGAAGCUUCAGGAAAGCAACAUCUCUCUGAAUGAGAGGAGAUUCAUCACCAAGCUGCUGGAGGACCUGAUCUUCUUCGUGGCGGGCGUCUCCAACAACAGCCAGGAUGUGCUUUCUGUGGUCAUCAGCAAGCCCGACCGGGAGCAGAAGCUGAUGAGGGAGCAGAACAUCUUGGCUCAGAUCUUCGGCAUACUCAAGGCCCCUUUCGCGGAACGGGCCGAUGGCCCCAUGCUGAAACUGGAGGACCUGGGUGACCAGCGCUACGCCCCCUUCAAGUACAUGCUGAGACUCUGCUACCGGGUGCUUCGGCACUCACAACAGGACUACAGAAAGAACCAGGAAUACAUCGCGAAAAAGUUCUCCAUCAUGCAGUCCCAGAUUGGCUACGAGAUCCUGGCCGAGGACACCAUAACGGCCCUGCUCCACAACAACCGCAAGCUGCUGGAGAAGCACAUCACGGCCAAGGAGAUCGAGACCUUUGUCAGCCUACUGCGCCGGAACCGGGAACCCAGGUUCCUGGACUACCUGUCAGAUCUGUGCGUGUCUAAUAAGACAGCCAUUCCUGUCACCCAGGAGCUUAUCUGCAAAUUUGUGCUCAACCCCUCCAACGCGGACAUCCUCAUCCAGACCAAGCUGAUCACCCAGUCAGACACCAGUCUGGAGAGCGUGCUUCUACAGGACGAGGACGAGGGGGAGGAGGUGUGGCUCUACUGGAUCGACAGCCACAAGGAGCCGCACGGCAAGACCAUCCGCCACCUUGCGCAGGACGCCAAGAUGAACCACAAGAUGGACAUGGACAUCAUCACCUACUACAGAUACCAGCUGAACCUCUUUGCCAAGAUGUGCUUGGACCGGCAGUAUCUGGCCAUCAACCAGGUGUCCAGCCAGCUGCCGGUGGAUCUGAUCCUACGCUGCAUGUUUGACGACAUGCUGCCCUACAACCUGCGCGCCGCCUUCUGCCGCCUCAUGCUGCACAUGCACGUGGAUCGCGACCCCCAGGAGGCCGUGGUGCCCGUGCGCUACGCCCGCCUGUGGACGGAGAUUCCCACCCACGUCACCAUCCAGGAGUACGAAUACGAGUUCUCCAAUGCCGCCCGGGAGGAGAUGAAGAGGACAUUCACCCCGACUAUGGAGUUCGUGGAGGAGUACCUUAAAGAAGUCGUCAACUCGCACUAUCCGUUCGCAAAUGAGGAGAAGAAUGAGUUAACGUUGGAGGUGGUCCACCUGGCGCGCAAUCUCGUCUACUUCGGCUUCUACAGCUUCAGCGAGCUGCUGAGGCUGACCCGGACGCUGCUGGCCAUUCUGGACAUUGUGCAGCAACCGCUCACCUACAUGGGCAAACUGAGCAAGGGCCUGGAGGGAGGUAACAAUGUGAUCCGCACCAUCCACGACGUCGGCGAGAUGAUGACCCAGAUGGUGCUAAGCCGGGGGCCGAUCCUUUCCCAGAACCUCCCCGACAACCAGAGCGGCCUGCUGCACAACGUGCCUUCUUGCUUGGCCGACAGUGAAAAUGUCACGGUCAUGGACACCAAGCUAAAGAUAAUCGAGAUCCUCCAGUUUAUUCUCAGCGUUCGCCUGGACUACAGGAUCACCUUCCUGCUGUCGAUCUACAAGAAGGAAUUUGGAGAGACCUCGUUAACUGACCCCUCCAUGUCCAUGACGGACGCCACCCCUACGCCUGUGUCCGACCCCGACUUCGAUGGUAUUGCAGCCCAGGCGGAGACCAUGUUUGCUGGAAGCGAGGAGAAGAGUGCCGUGGAGUUAGACGAUGAGGGUGGCCGGACCUUCCUGAGGGUCCUCAUCCACCUCAUCAUGCAGGACUACGCCCCACUGGUGUCUGGUGCCCUUCAGCUGCUCUUUAAGCACUUCAGCCAGAGAGCUGAGGUCCUGCAGGCUUUCAAACAGGUCCAGCUGUUAGUGUCCAGCCAGGACGUGGAGAACUACAAGCAGAUCAAGGAGGGCCUGGAUAAGCUGCGGCUGACGGUGGAGAAGUCUGAGCUGUGGGUGGAGAAGAGUGGAAGCUACGGCAAUGAGGACCAGAGCAAGGAACAGAUCCUAGAGGAGGUUGGUAUUUUGAGCCCAGCGCAAGAUGGGAAACCUCAGAUCGACAGCAACAGAGCUAACAACUACACUAUAAUCAAAGAGAUCCUGCUCUGCCUCAGCAAGCUGUGCUCUCCCAGCAAGAAGAGUCCAGUCCAGCAGCAGAGGCUGCUGAAGAACAUGGGCGCCCACACCGUGGUGCUGGACCUGCUGCAGAUACCCUACGAGAAGACCGACGAGAAGAUGAACGAGAUCAUGACCCUGGCGCACGCCUUCCUGCAGAACUUCUGCCGUGGCAACCCGCAGAACCAGGCCCUUUUGCACAAGCAUCUCAACCUCUUCCUCACCCCCGGGCUCCUGGAGGCAGAAACCAUGAGGCAUAUCUUCAUGAACAAUUACCACCUGUGCAGCGAGAUCAGCGACCGCGUGGUGCAUCACUUCGUGCACUGCAUCGAGACGCACGGCCGCCGCGUGCAAUACCUGCGCUUCCUGCAGACCAUCGUCAAGGCUGACGGCAAGUACGUGAAGAAGUGCCAGGACAAGGUGAUGACGGAGCUGGUGAACGGCGGCGAGGAUGUGCUGGUCUUCUACAACGACAGGGCGUCCUUCCCUGCGCUGCUGCAGAUGAUGUGCUCGGAGCGCGAGCGCAUCGACGAGAACGGGCCGCUGGCCUACCACAACACGCUGGUGGAGCUGCUGGCCGCCUGCACCGAGGGCAAAAACGUCUACACCGAGCUUAAGUGCAACUCACUGCUGCCCCUCGACGACAUCGUCAAGGUGGUCACGCAUGAUGACUGCAUCCCCGAGGUGAAAACUGCUUAUGUGAACUUCUUGAAUCACUGCUACGUGGACACUGAGGUGGAGAUGAAGGAGAUCUACACCAGUAACCACAUCUGGAUGCUCUUUGAGAACAUUCUUGUUGACAUGGCCAGGGUGUGCAACAGCACCACCGACAGGAGGCACACCGACAGCGUCCUGGAGCGGUACGUGACGGAGACGGUCAUGGCCAUCGUCAAGGGCUUCUUCGGCUCCCAGUUCUCCGUCAACAACUCCAAACUUCAGACCCACCAGCCCAUCUUCAUCCAGCUUCUUCAGUCCUCCUUCCGUUUACACAACUGCAACUGGAUCAUCACGGCGCAGAAGGCCAACAUCGAGGGCUGCAUCCGGACUCUGGCCGACGUGGCCAAGAACCGCUCCAUCGCCAUCCCCGUGGACCUGGAUGGCCAGGUGAACACGCUGUGCUCCAAGGUACAACACAACAUGGUGCAGCGGGCCGCCAAAGGCUGGAGGCUGUCGGCCCGCACCGGGCCACGCCGGGAGCCCAUCGGGGGCCUGGACUACAAGAACAUCAUCGAGAAGAUGCAGACUGUGGUGGGGCGCCUGGAGGAGCAGUUCCACCCCAAGUUGGCUGAGUUCUCCGUGCUGGUGGACGUGCUGCACAGUCCCGAGCUCCUGUUCCCCGAGACGGCCCGUCUGCGCUGCGAGAGCGGGGCCUUCAUGUCCAAACUGAUCAAACACACCAAGAAGCUGAUGGACAAAGAGGAGAAGCUGUGUAUUAAGGUCCUGCAGACACUGCAGGAGAUGCUGGAUAAGAAGGAGAAUUUUGAUGAGUUGGGUACUAAUUUACGUAAGAUCCUCUUAAUGCGCUACUUCGGAAACCAGCGGCUCGUCUCCAAAUCGGACUUCGGGGGCGGGAGCGUCUCUUCCGGAGUGUCCCCCCAGCCGGACUGUGACAGGUCCGGCUCAUGUAUGAUGGACAUCCAGUGCCUGCUGGACAGUGUGGGGGUUCCGGAGCUGGUGAUUGACGUCAUCGUCAGCACGAAGAACGACAGGGUCUUCGAGGAGAGCAUCUGGCUGGGCAUCGCGCUGCUGCGAGGAGGAAACACACAAAUACAGAAUUCCUUCUACCAUCAGCUUCACAAGCAGAAGAAGUCAGAGACAUUCUUCAGAGUUCUGUACGACCGCAUGACUUUGGCGCAGCAGGAGAUCCGCUCCACUGUCUCCGUCAACAUGUUUGAGUUGAACAGCAGGAAGCGGGAUGAGGACGGGGAGACCACCGCCCCCAGGCACAAGAAGCCAGGGAAGGAUUCCAUCCGACACCUGAAGGUUGACAUGAGGGGCCAACUCAAAGAGGCCUCCUCGGCCACCUCCAAGGCCUUCUGCACCAUCCGUAAGGAGAUCGACCAGGACGUGGAUGUCAACGGCAGUGAGGUGGGGGAGGAGCUCAUGGAGGACACGCUGAUGAGCCCGGCUAUCGUGCUCAUGAACCCUCUUCUGCGGUUCCUGCAGCUGCUGUGCGAGAACCACAACAGGGGCCUGCAGGACUUUCUGCGCAACCAAAACAACAAGACCAACUACAACCUAGUGUGCGAGACGCUGCAGUUCCUGGACUGCAUCUGCGGAAGCACCACAGGAGGCCUGGGCUUGCUGGGCCUCUACAUCAACGAGAGGAACGUGGGCCUGGUGAAGCAGACCCUGGAGACCAUCACCGAGUACUGCCAAGGCCCCUGCCAUGAGAACCAGACCUGUAUAGCCAAGCACGAGUCCAACGGAAUCGACAUCAUCAUUGCCCUCAUUGUGAAUCCCAUCAACCCCCUGGGGAAGCAACGCAUUGACUUGGUGAUGGAACUGAAGAACAACGCGUCCAAGCUACUGCUGGCCAUCAUGGAAAGUCGCCAAGACAGCGAGAACGCAGAGAAGAUCCUGGACAAGAUGAGGCCCAUCGAACUGGUGGACGUCAUGAAGGAGGCCUACAGCCAGGGUGUGGAGAGCGAAGCUGACAACGAGGCCGGCAGUGACCAGAUCCUGCCCAGAGACGUCGGCCACAACAUCUACAUCCUGGCCCACCAGCUGGCCCGACACAACAAAACUCUUCAGCAAAGCCUGAAGCCCAGACAGGAACCAGACUCCGAUGGUGAUGAGGCAUUGACCUACUAUGCCAACCACACCGCCCAGAUUGAAAUCGUCCGUCACGACCGCACCAUGGAGCAGAUCGUCUUCCCCGUGCCCAACAUAUGCGAGUACUUGACUGAGGAGUCAAAGACGCGCGUCUUCUGCACCACCGAGCGGGACGACCAGGGCAGCAAGGUCAACCACUUCUUCCAGCAGUUCGAGGACCUCUACAAUGAGAUGAGGUGGCAGAAGAAAAUCCGCAGCAACCCGGGCCUGUUCUGGUUCUCACGCCAUAUGUCCCUCUGGGGCAGCAUCUCCUUCAACUUGGCCGUGCUGGUCAACCUCGCCGUAGCCCUCUUCUACCCCUUCGGAGACGACGACGACGAAGGCGAGCUCCGGCCACUGGUGUCCCUGAUGCUCUGGGCUGCCGUGCUGAUCUCCACCAUCAUGCUCUUCGUCUUGCCCAAGCCGGGGGGGAUCAGACCUUUCCUGGUGGCCGUCAUCCUCCGAUCCAUAUACACGCUUGGCCUCAGACCCACACUGGUGCUUUUGGGAGCGGCCAACCUGCUCAACAAGAUAGUGUUUCUGGUGAGCUUUGUCGGGAACCGUGGGACGUUGGCUCGAGGCUACAAAGCCGUGAUCACGGACAUGGCGUUCCUCUACCACGUGGGCUACAUCAUCGUCUGCACGCUGGGCCUCUUCGCCCACGAAUUCUUCUACAGCUUCCUGCUCUUUGACCUGGUAUCCCGGGAGGAGACUCUCCUAAAUGUGAUGAAGAGCGUUACACGCAACGGUCGCUCCAUCAUCCUGACGGCCGUGCUGGCCCUCAUCCUGGUCUACCUCUUCUCCAUUGUGGGCUUCCUCUACCUCAAGGAAGACUUCCGUAUGGAGGUGGAGCCACUGUCGAGCACAGGCAAGAGCUUGGUUCCGAAGGAUGGCGCGGCUCCAUCUACAUGCCUCAAGGAGAACUGCACCGCAGAAGCCCCAGCGUUUGUCGCAGACGAGGAUGACGGAAACAUGGAGCAGAUGUGCGACACCCUGCUGAUGUGCAUCGUGACCGUGCUGAACCACGGCCUGCGGAAUGGAGGAGGCGUGGGCGACAUGCUGAGGAAGCCCUCCAAAUCCGAACCCCGGUUUGCUGCCCGCGUGGUCUACGACCUCCUGUUCUUCUUCAUCGUCAUCAUCAUCGUGCUCAACCUGAUCUUCGGUGUGAUCAUCGACACUUUCGCCGACCUGAGGAGUGAAAAGCAGCGCAAGGAGGAGAUUCUGAAGACCACCUGUUUCAUCUGCGGACUGGAAAGAGACAAGUUCGACAACAAGACUGUGUCCUUUGAGGAGCACAUCAAGUCAGAGCACAACAUGUGGCACUACCUUUACUUCCUGGUGCUGGUGCGAGUCAAGGACCCCACUGAGUACACCGGCCCGGAGAGCUACGUAGCCCAGAUGAUCAAGGAGAAGAAUCUGGACUGGUUUCCUCGCAUGCGGGCGAUGUCCCUGGUAAGCAGCGAGGGUGAUAGCGAGCAGAACGAGAUCCGCAUGCUGCAGGAGAAGCUGGAGAGCACGGUGGGCCUGGUGACGCAGCUGUCGGGCCAGCUGGCUGAGCUCAAGGAGCAGAUGACAGAGCAGCGGAAGAACAAGCAGAGGAUGGGUUUCCUGGGGCCUCCAGUGGCCAACCACCAGGUCUCGGCCCACUGAAGAACAAUCCCCCCUCUCCUUUAAGGGGGAACUCCCCUGACAUGACUGUCAAGGCCCAGGGCACACUGAGAGCAGGUGACUUGGCACGUAGUGGUGGACAGUCCUAUUGGAUACUCUCUCUUUAUAUGUAUUACUGACCUCCUGUAAC